AUGUCCGACAGAAGACAAUCGGUUGCGCCCAGUACAUCAUAUCGGUGGAGAUCUCGAUCUACAGCGGUAGAGGAAGCAGAUCCAUCGCCCCUAACAGAAGUGAAAAUAUUUUCAAACGCCUUUCGAACAGCUAGUAUAGCGACUGGACAUCUUCGAAGGGUUACAAAGAUGUUUAGUAUUGAUAAAACAAAGGAAGUUAUCAGGGUGGCUUUGGAGGAUAGUGACUGUGUAGAGUACGUCCGACUUGCUUGCGAACAUGAAGACCUAGUUAAAGAAUCGAAGCAACUUAGGGGAUUUAUUUUGGAGUUGUGUGAACGCUAUGAAGCCGCCAGAUCUCUGGAUCCACUCAGGAGGUAUAAACGAAUGCAAUCAAUGGCCAAAACUAUUGUCUUGCAGUUGAGAGUUAAUGAGCCAUCAACAAGUGCUGUUAAUGAUCUGGGAAACGGAACCUGCGAUGCUAGUGGAAAAGGAAAUGGAAGCCUUAUUGUUGGAGACGUUCUUCAAUCUACAGUAAAACAGAAAGAAAUGCGCUUAAAACACGAGAAAAUCGCCAAAGCUCUGUCAACGGAGCAACUUCAGUCAGAUAUCGCCAGAUUCAAUGCUGAAAUAAAGGACCUUCACAAUCGCAUAGAUGCAAUCACUGAAGCCAUCAACAAUAUUGAUGUGAUGUAUAAUUCAACGAAAACGGAACCGUUUGUUAAGCGAUAUGCCAUUCUGAAAGAGGUCAUUAAAGAUGUCCAAAAGUUUGCUGAUCUAAAUGCUGAUUACACCUGA